AUGCUCGGCAUCAGCUAUCCCGCGAGAGGCAACUUUGUCAAGGAUGCAUCUUGGCACCUGGCAUGGUGUGCGGACUACUACAAGUCGCAGGAGCACGUUCGUAUCAAGGCAGAGAUCCACGAGGCCGUCAAUGCCAAAGGCGGCGUGGUGGUACCGUUCUGGACGCCACGGGCUUUGAUCAAGUGGCUGAACACCAGGGCGGAUGUACCUUACGCAAUGCUAACAGAUGUAGAGGUCUUGGACACCUUUGUGAAGGCCAUUGCGAGUUCUGGGAAGAAUCGGCCUUUGCGGAAGCCUCUUCACAUCUUCGUUUUCAGGUACAGCGCGGACGCGUCGGACGCGUUGCGACAUCUUCCGUCCUUUCACCAGAAGGGCACGUCGGUCCAGUUCAACGAGGCAGGAUUCCGGGAACUGGCGAGCCAAUGCGUGUUGCUGGUGCUGGGGCUUCGCUAG